AAGCGGAAGGCUUGGGCGGGGACCGGGGCGGCGACCGCGGACUCUCGGAUUCUGGCUACCCAGCGGGAGUGCGGUGCAGGGACCGAAGCAGUCCCUCUCGGCGAGCCCGGUGCUGUCGCGAGACGCGUGUCUAGUCACCGCAUUGCCACAGCGGCAAGCUCUCGGAGCCCCGCCCCCGCCUGGUUACCCUGGCGGCAGUAGACCUGCCCUGGGAGUGGGGAGAAGGCGCUCUCCAAAGUGCGAGUUGACCUCCAAAAUUUCUGGGCAAGACACUGUCCUCGGAGCCCCCAGCGCAGUCUUUCCAAUGAGGCCUGCAGCACUAGGCUCCCCAGGUCCCACAUCCUUGGAAGAUGAGCAGCCUGUCAUGGUGAAGCUGGAGGACUCAGAGGAGGAGGGCGACGCUGCCCUGUGGGAUCCCGGCCCAGAGACUGCACGCCAGCGUUUUCGACACUUCCACUAUGAGGAGGCAGUGGGUCCCCAAGAGGCCCUGGCCCAGCUCCGGGAGCUGUGCCGCCAGUGGCUACAGCCAGAGGUGCACUCCAAAGAGCAGAUGCUGGAGCUCCUGGUCCUGGAGCAGUUCCUGGGCGCCCUGCCGCCUGAGAUCCAGGCCUGCGUGGAGGGACAGCGGCCAGGCAGCCCUGAAGAAGCAGCUGCCCUGGUCGAGGGGCUUCGCCGGGAGCCAGGAGGGCCCCGGAGAUGGGUCACAGUCCAAGUACAGGGUCAGGAGAUGCUAUCAGAGAAGAUGGAACCCUCCAACUUCCAGCCCCUCCUUCAAACCAAGCCACAGACUCCAGAACGUGGACCUGGGACACCAUUUGAAGCCACACAAGGGUCACCACUCGGCCUUCAGGUGAAAGAGGAGCCCAUGGUUACAGAGGACCCAGAGCUUCUGGAUUCUGGGCCUCUAGCCAAUCCCCAGGAAGCCACUUCCACUCUCCUGCCUAAAGAGGCCCAGGGUUGUGAGAUAGUGCUGGACCAGGCCUCUGCCCACAACGAGACUGGGCUUGAGGGGCCUUCGUGGAGGGAGCAUCCUGGGGCCCUGUGGCAGGAGGAAGCUGGGGGCAUCUUCCCUCCAGGGUUUUCACUCCAGAUGGAAAGCGUCUCUGCUGGCCCUGGCACUGUGAGCCCCCACCUCCGUAUCCCCUGGGACCUGCGCAUGGUUGGCCUCACGGACCAACUCCGGUCACCCUCCCAUGAAAGUGGCUUCUCACAUGCACUCCUGCUCCCCAGUGGCCCAGGAGGUGAGCAGAACCCCACAAAUGAGGGUUCCCGCCAGCUUGUGAGCCCUUUGUUAGCCACAGCCCGCUGGCGUGCCCCCAGGGGCCGGGGCCGGGGCCGCCCCAGCACAAGCCCCGGGGCGGGGCGAGGUGGCCAUUGUGACGUGUGCGGGAAGGUGUUCAGCCAACGCAGUAACCUACUGAGGCACCAGAAAAUACACACAGGAGAGCGGCCGUUCGUGUGCAGCGAGUGUGGCCGGAGCUUCAGCCGAAGCUCGCACCUUCUGCGCCAUCAACUCACACACACUGAGGAGCGGCCGUUUGUGUGCAGCGACUGCGGCCAGGGCUUCGUUCGCAGCACGCGCCUGGAGGAGCACCGGCGCGUGCACACAGGCGAGCAGCCCUUUCGCUGUGCCGAGUGCGGCCAGAGCUUCCGGCAGCGCUCCAACCUGUUGCAGCACCAGCGCAUCCACGGCGACCCCCCGGGCCCCGGCGCGGCGCCCCCUGCACCUCCCGGCGCGCCCGAGCCCCCAGGCCCUUUCCCCUGCAGCGAGUGCCGCGAGAGCUUCACGCGGCGCGCGGUGCUACUAGAACACCAGGCAGUGCACACGGGUGACAAAUCCUUUGGCUGCGUGGAGUGUGGCGAGCGCUUCGGUCGCCGCUCCGUGCUGCUCCAGCACCGGCGAGUACACAGUGGCGAGCGGCCCUUCGCCUGCGCGGAGUGCGGCCAGAGCUUCAGACAGCGCUCCAACCUCACGCAGCACCGGCGCAUCCACACCGGCGAGCGGCCCUUUGCCUGCGCCGAGUGCGGCAAGGCGUUCCGCCAGCGGCCCACGCUCACGCAGCACCUGCGCGUGCACACAGGCGAGAAACCCUUUGCCUGCCCCGAGUGUGGCCAACGCUUCAGCCAGCGCCUGAAGCUCACGCGCCACCAGCGGACGCACACCGGGGAGAAACCCUACCGCUGUAGUGAGUGCGGCCUGGGCUUCACGCAGGUCUCUCGGCUCACCGAGCACCAGCGCAUCCACACGGGCGAGCGGCCCUUCGCAUGCCCUGAUUGCGGCCAAAGCUUCCGGCAGCACGCCAAUCUCACACAACACCGGCGCAUCCACACAGGCGAGCGGCCCUACGUGUGCCCGGAGUGCGGCAAGGCGUUCCGCCAGCGGCCCACGCUCACACAGCACCUGCGUAUCCACCAGCGUGAGAAGCCCUUUGCCUGCCAGGACUGUGGCCGCCGCUUCCACCAGAGCACCAAGCUCAUCCAGCACCAGCGCAUCCACAGUGCCGAGUAAUCGGCGCUCACGGUCCCCCUUCUGUGCAUCCUCCUCUUUUGGCCUUUUGUUGGGAGGAGGAGAGUGUGAGUGUGUGUGUGUGUGUGUGUGUGUGUGUGUGUGUGUACGCGCGCACGCAGAACACUUACCUCACAGGAUUGUUGUGAGGGUUGUGAUCAAGCUUAGGUAUAAGUGGGCCCCCCCCAGGACCUGGCCCCCCCAGUAGGUGUUCAAUAAACAACAGACAGAACCUGGCUCUGGGUAUCCACCCACUCAGUGCCACCCCACCUGGAUGGCUCCCUCUAUCCCCCCCACCCAUCCACUCCUUCAACAACCACACAGUCUCUGUGAGAGCCAUGGCCCCCUGCAGAGGUGAUGCCUAACAGCACCUCGUGGGUGCCACUUUGUACCAUGCCUACUGAUGCCUUCAGCCUGUACAACCGUGGGCCAAGUCAACUACCAGGUGAGGACUGGCCCAGUUUUCCCCACCCAGCCAAGAUCAUCAGAUGCAACAUAAGUUGCAAACUGGUGUCCAGCAGGCCAGAGCUAGGGGUAUGUUUGUAAAACUUUAAACCUAGUAAGUCAUUUCUUAGGCAUUAAAGCUGGAAGGUUUUAUCUAGAAAUCUAGGUUUUUCAUGUAUGUUAACUACCAUCAGGUGGUCAGGUUAGGUUCCCUUUAGGAUAGGACCCCAGCCAAUCUGGAAAUUGAAGUCCACUGGCCCCAGGCCAGUUCCCUAGCCCUCUAAUAACCAUUCACAUUCCAUGGGCCACAGUAGCCACCAACCCUGGCCAGAUGCA